GUGUUUCUUAUAAUUACCUCCCUUCAUAGAUGCAUCUUUACCUUUUUUGAAAUGCCUCUACCUCCGGCAUUAGCAGCUCGUCUGCAAAAACGAGGAUUGAUUCAGGAAGCAAAGGAAUCAAAACCAGCCCCACCGUCGUCAACCAAUACAGCGGGUGAGGAGGAGGUAGAGGAAGUGUUUGCAGAGGACUAUGAUGAGCCGGGAAAACUAGAGCCUGUGUCACCCACUGCUGCACUUGAAGUACCCACACAUGAAGAGCCAGAGGAGGAAGAAGACGACCACAUGAGAGAGGUCCCAGCCUGUCCCAACAGAAGUAACCCCUACCAUGAGUGCACAGAUUUCUGCCGGCAGCGCUGGGGUAUGAAGGUCUGGUCUCCAUCUCCAGACAUGAUUCGCAAACGAGAUAGGAUGCUCCGGAAUUACCCGCUCCCUCCAGAUUGGCACGAGAUCGCUGACCCAGAAACGGACCGGUUUUACUACUGGAACACACAGACGGAGCAAGUAUCCUGGCUGUCCCCGCACCACCCCCGUGCAGUCAUAACAAUAUCUGCAGAAAAACUACAUGCUGUGAUGCGUAAUGAACGUGUGGAAUCAGAGAGCGAGGAGAGUGAAGAGGAAGGCAUGGAAGUCAGCGAUAGUGACAGUUCCUCAUCCUCAUCUUCUGAUGAUGAGGAAUAUGACCGUAGGCAUGAGAAGGGACGCCAGGCACAGGACCGCAGGGGGCGUGGUCGGGGCAGACAGAGAGAUGACAUUGAUCCCAUGGACCCGGCUUCAUACUCCGAUAUCCCCAGGGGUGGCUGGUCGGCAGGGCUGGAUCGACCUGGGGAUGCUAAGACAGGUGUAGACUCAACGGCCUCGGGCCCAUUAUUCCAGCAGCGGCCAUAUCCAAGUCCUGGGGCCGUGCUCCGCGCAAACAAGGGCAAAUGAGACAGCUUGUAGAUAGGAAUAUAUAUGGGGAGAAUCAUCAUUGACUAGUGACUAUUAUUACAAUGUGGACAUUUUAACAUAGAUAGCCUAAAUGUGUGGCAAUGCUGCCAAUUGAAUCUUGACAUUUUGCAAUGACAGAUUGUAUGUUUCUGCUGUGUAAUAACACAAUAUCAAGCAUGUUUAGCUCAGUUUUUGUUUACAUUGAAAUAAUAUUAAAUUGGAAACUUAC